AUGUCUGCUGAAGCUUCUGUUUCGUACGCCGCCCUUAUCUUGGCCGACGCUGGUGUUGAGAUCUCCGCCGACAACUUGUUGUCCGUCACCAAGGCUGCCGGUGCCUCCGUCGACAACGUCUGGGCCGACAUCUUCGCUAAGGCCUUGGAAGGUAAGGACUUGAAGGACUUGCUCUUCUCCAUGGCCGCUGCCGCCCCAUCUGGUGGUGCUGCUGCUGGCGGUGCUGCUGCUGGCGGUGCUGCUGCUGGCGGUGCUGCUCCAGAGGCUGCUGCCGAGGAGAAGGAGGAAGAGGCUGCUGAGGAGUCUGAUGAGGACAUGGGCUUCGGUUUGUUCGACUAA